AAAAAUACCCUCGCUUUCAUCGCCCCUACCUGACCUUUUACACUCCUCACUCAUGCCUGCCGUCGCCCCUCCUGCCAAAGCCCUCGUCACUGGCGCCAACGGCUACGUCGCCGUCUGGGUUGUCCAGACGCUCCUCGAAAGGGGAUAUUCUGUCCGUGGAACGGUCAGGAGCGAGAGCAAAGGCGUCCAUCUCAAGCAGUUAUUCGAGAAGUACGGAGACAAGUUCGAGUGUGUGGUCGUGGAAGACAUUACCAAGGAAGGCGCGUUCGACGAAGCCGUGAAGGGUGUCGAUUUCAUAGAACACACUGCGUCUCCGUUCCACUUCAGGGCCAAAGAGCCAGACGACAUGCUUGUGCCUGCGAUCAAAGGGACCGUGGGCGUUCUCGAGUCAGCCAAGAAGUAUGGGAAGUCUGUCAAACGUAUUGUCGUGACCGCGUCUUCCGCCUCCGUUUUCCAAAGUGGUUACACACCUCCGGUCGUCUACGACGAGACAUCUUGGAAUGAGGCUGCUGUCGCCGACGUGCAACAGAACGGAGCGAAAGCCGUGCGAAGUUUCUAUACGGCGUCAAAGACAUUGGCGGAGAGAGCUGCUUGGGAUUUCGUCAAGACCAACGCCUCUGAAAUAACCUGGGACCUCACCGUUCUGAAUCCGCCUUGGGUAUUCGGGCCCCUCCUCCAAGAAGUCAACGACCUCAGCUCGCUCAACACCUCCAUGCAAGCCGUCUACGACGCCGUCGUCAAAGGUACGAUGGACGAGACUGCAUUGACCACCAACUCCAACUGCUGGAUCGAUGUCCGUGAUCUUGGGCUCGCACAUGCCCUCGCCGUGGAGAAGCCCGACGCAGGUGGAGAACGAUUCAUCGUAUGCGGUGGCAACUUCUUCUGGCAAGACUUUUUGGACGUGGCAAACUCUAUCGACCCUCCUAUCCUUCCAAAUCUUCCAAAGGGCAAGCCUGGUGCGACGAAGGGCCUUCCUUGGGAUCUGUCGUACAACCUCAGCAAAGCGGAACGUAUUCUGGGACUGAAGUACCACUCUGCGGAGGAGAUGCUUAGGGAUAGCUUGCUGGACUUCAAGAAGCUCAGUAAUGCCUAAGGCCUGAGCCCGCAACCUCUCGACUUUCGAGGCACCGAGAUGAAAGGAACGAAUAAUGGAACUGAGUAUAUUUGGUUGAAGUAGUUUUUGUUGAGAAGCAUGCGUAAUCGAAUAAAACAUGGGACCUCACCUGCCUUUUGCUAAUCG